CACACACACACAUAUAGUCCAGUAGGCCCUUCAGCCGGAGCUGCAGUCUGAGCAGCGAUGGGAGGAAUAUAAGGAGCAUUUAUUUUUAAAUACAUCUUAUCAGGUCAUCUCCAAAAAUGGAGGGAGGAAAUUUUGGCUACCCCCAGGACUAUCUGGACCGCUUCAUCCAAAGCCAAGACUCGUCUGUGGUGAACAAGUUCCAGCAGAAGUACUGGAAAACCAAGCAGACGCUCAUCAAGGUCACAGGGAAGAAAGAGGACGAACAUGUGGUGGCAUCAGAUGCAGAUCUGGACGGCAAGCUAGAGGUCUUCCACUCUAUCCAGAGAACAUGCAUGGAGCUGCUAAAGGUCAUCGAGCAGUACCAGAGGAGGAUCUGCUUCCUUUCCCAAGAGGAGAACGAGCUGGGUCGUUUCCUGCGCUCACAGGGCUCACAGGACAAAACCAGGGCUGGAAAGAUCAUGCAGGCCACUGGGAAAGCACUCUGCUUCUCCUCCCAACAGAGAUUGGCUCUGAGGAAUCCUCUGUGCCGUUUGUACCAGGAGGUCGAAACAUUUCGCUACCGAGCGAUCUCCGACACGUGGCUGACGGUGAACCGGAUGGAGCAGUCCAGGACUGAGUACCGCGGCGCGCUGCUUUGGAUGAAGGACGUGUCUCAGGAGCUCGACCCAGAUACUCACAAACAGAUGGAGAAAUUUCGCAAGGUUCAGGCCCAGGUGCGCACAACCAAAACAAGCUUUGACAAACUGAAGAACGACGUCUGCCAGAAGGUGGACCUGCUGGGAGCCAGCCGCUGCAACCUCCUCUCUCAUAUUUUAACCACAUACCAGACAACACUUUUGCACUUCUGGGAGAAGACAUCCCACACUAUGGCAGCCAUACAUGAGAGCUUCAAGGGCUGUCAGCAUUAUGAGUUCUCCACUCUUAAGACCUUACAAGGCCCAAUGGACAAGCUGGCUAAGAAGAAGGGAAAGAAGAAAAUGAAAGCAGAGGCCGAAGACGGAAAGCAAGCCGAGACCACAGACGACCAACUCAUCUCACUAGAGAAUGAAAACACCAGUGAUAGAACCAGAGAAGGAAAUGAGAACUCUCUCUGUGCCUAUCCAGAGUUAGAGGGGGAGGAGAAGGACAGCAUGGCCUUACUGAACGAGAUCCUGGGCACCAUGUCUGUGGACGAGGGUGACUUCUCUCGAGAGUGGACAGAAGUGUUCGGAGACACCAAGGAUGAAACGAGUGCAGCAUCCGGUAGAGUAGCAGAGGCCCAGCAGAAGGAAGACUCCUUCUUUCUACCGUCUCAGCUGCUGGACCAGACUUUAAAUAAUCCGGAGUCUUGCCCCUCAGACUGGGCCGGGAUCGUUCCACAGCCCUCCGCCCAGGCAGCAGAGCCCUCAUCUGGAGCCAAUCAGAACCCUUCGAAGCCAGCAGUGAAAGAGAAAGCGGGGGCCUCCAAAGACCUCUCUGCGUGGUUCAACCUGUUUGCCGACCUGGACCCCCUCUCCAAUCCAGACGCGAUCGGCAGAACGGACACAGAACACGAACUUCACAACGCAUAGCUCUUCCUCGGCGUCAGUGAUCUGAAAUGGCUUGUCUUUGUUUGGUGGCUUACAGCAGAAUAAAGCUGCCACUGUGACCGGAGGAAAAAUCUGAUCAGCCACGCAAGCAAUUCUCUUUAGACUUCAAGAAGAGAAAGAGCUGAAACAUUUUGUCAAUUACUGGAUAAACAAAUAUUGGGAUCAGCUCUUUCCGUAAUUUUUCAUGCACAAAUGCCAAAUAUUUGCUAAUUUCUUCAUCAUAUAUGGUAAACUGAAUAUCUCUGGGCUGUUCACUGUUGGUCAGAAAAUAUAAAAUAAAUUAGAAAUGGAGUCGUUACUUCAUCCUAUAGACAAAAAAGUUAUUAUAUUAAAAAUAAUUAAAAGCUGGAUUUCCUUGAUAUGGCAAUAUAUACAGUAUAGGCCCCUUAUUAUAAUGACAUACUGUAGUUUGAUAACUUAUUAUAAAAAGAUGCUAUUAAAAGAGAGCUGGUACGCUGUAGUAAAACUGUCGUCUUUAAAUUUCUCAUAAGAAGACAAAACUAUUUUCUCUUGUUAAAUGAAAAGAAACUGAUCUGAUUUUUUUCUCAUGGUGGCAGUAUUACGCUGCUGUAAAGAGUCCCACUAACAGCUUCAAGCUCUCGUCCUUUCCAUUGUGAAAGAAAAGAAACAUUUACAAAGACGACCUUAUUAAGCUCGCUGGCUCUUUCACUUAGGUUAAACAUUUUAAAUGUUUAGCAUGGAUACCUCAGUGUGAGUUUGGAACAAGAAGCCUUUGACAUUAGCUGCCUUUUGCAAAAUCUGUAGUCUCUAGUAGCAUUCACACUUUAUUUCUGAUUCUCAUUACUGAAGAUUGCAAACAGGCAAAACUACAGAGGAAAGUAAUAAUGACAAGAUUACAGUGCAACAGUUCAAGUGUUUACAAAAUACUGCAACAUGUUGAGUGAAGUUACUGCAGUCAGAGAAAUACUAAAAAAAUAUCUAUUUU